AUGGCUUCAACGCUCCAUCCUGACGUUACGUUUCCUUCGGGAACGGUGGUGGCGGAGUACGUCUGGUUGGACGGACGCCUCGGGCUUCGCUCGAAGCCGAGAACGCUCGAGAAGAAAUGGAAGUCUUUUGACGAAUUGAAGAAGAACGUUUCGAAAUAUUUGCCGCGGUGGAACUAUGAUGGAUCAUCAACAGAUCAGGCACCCGGUACAGACUCCGAGGUCAUUAUUUACCCGCAGGCUGUAUACAAGGACCCGUUCCGCGGAGGCGAUAACAUUCUCGUCAUGUGCGAUAUGUACACGCCAGGAGGCGAGCCCAUUCCGACGAACCACCGCUAUCAGUGCCAGAAGGUCAUGGAGAAAGCAAAGGAUCUUGUUCCGUGGUUCGGCAUCGAACAGGAGUACUUCAUCAUGCGCCCAAAGGAUCACAAGCCGAUUGGGUUCCCUGAAGAUGGCUCUCUGCCGGCGCCGCAGUUCGCGUACUACUGCGGUGUGGGGGCAAGCAACGCGUUUGGCCGCCGCAUCAGCGACGAUCACUACAAGGCGUGCCUGUAUGCCGGCAUUCAAAUCAGCGGCACGAACGGCGAAGUUGCCCCUGGUCAGUGGGAGUUCCAGGUAGGCCCGUGUGUGGGCAUCGACUCUGGCGACCAACUGUGGAUGGCGCGUUACAUUCUGUCCCGAAUUGCCGAGUACUAUGGAUAUGACAUUGAUCUGUCGCCCAAACCGGUGGUCGGUGACUGGAACGGAUCCGGAGCGCACACCAAUUUCUCGACAUUGCCUAUGCGCAAAUCCGGAGGCAUCGAAGAGAUCUACAAGGCAAUCGAGCGUCUAUCGCUGAAGCACAAGGAACACAUCGCUAUGUACGGGCAGGGCAAUGAGAAACGUCUCACCGGUAAGCACGAGACAGCUUCCAUAGAGUCGUUCUCCUGGGGCAAAGCCAGCCGUGCGGCGAGCGUUCGCGUCGGAAACGCCACCGUCGAGGAAGGCUGUGGCUAUUUUGAGGAUCGGCGGCCAGCGGCGAACAUGGAUCCCUAUCUAGUGACCAUGAUGCUCGUAUCGACCUGCUGUGAGAUACCUAUUGAGAAAAUGCCGACGCCAUAA